UAUGGGCAACAACAACAUCCUCAGCAACGUUACCAGCAGCCAUACAUGUUCGGUGCUCAGUUCAAUCAGCAACAACGUAAUUUACAGCAACAAGCCUAUCAACAAAAUGCUGUAAACCCGAAACGUGCCUCGUAUUCAAGUCGCUUCAUUAACACGCCAGUUGUAACGGCGAAUACUUCCAGUGGUGCAUUAAUGCAGAUUCGACUAGUCUCAUAUACAAACGAACAACUAAGUUUGCCACAUGGCAAAACAUGUGUAUGUCCUCAAGGCAAAACAUGUCCCUUUUUGAAACCUGGUAUCCCGAGCUGUAUGUUCUCGUUCACUAUUAUUGUUUCGGCUCCCGAACAAUCUGUUCAGUACAUAUCAAGUGAAUUUAUGCCAGCUACGGAUCCAACUUUGAACUCUGGAAAUUGGACGACUCUGCAUACGAUGAACUUGACCAGUAGACCGAUGGCAAUCGAUGUCUUUGUUCAUCAUUUGGGUGUCGUAAUUGAUCAACAGACCGCUCAACUUGAGUUCUAUAAUUAUGUCGUUCUUGUGGAUACGUUUGUUAUACCGUUAGCCAAUUAUGAUGCUUCACAGGGCGCCGGAACGUCAACUACUGCCACUGGUAUUCUGCAACAAACCCAACUCCAGUUGGAGUAUAGUGUACAAUGUGCGAAUGGUAAGCAAGGACCAAGUUGUGAUUUGACUUGCACACCUACACCUGGUGAUUCUAGUUCUGCAGUAUGCGUUUCAUCAAUUACUGGCGUUGUGCAAUCUUGCGAAUACAGUGGCGUUCAAGUGAGAAUUAAUUGUCCUCGUAUUCAAAUUCAUUUCUCCAUAUGUCGAACGUUACCAACUGUCAAGUAUGUGCCUAUGGUCGGCGACGUAUCGUCAGCGUAUCGCGUUUGGACGAUCGUUCUUGGCUGUUUGUUGGGUGUAUCAAUUAUUUUCAUCAUCCUGUUGAUCAUAUUCUAUGUGAUUGCUCGAAAUCAGCAAUUAUCAGAUGAAAAAGAACGUCAACAUCAAGAUUAUCUUCCAGCAGCAUAUACGUCACCCGGCACACAGCCACUCAUGCAAAAAGAUGACGAAUGGGAUCGUGGAGACACACGAGCAACCGGCAAUCUUCAAUCAUCGUCACACGACAAUGAAACCAUAAGCAAUGUACGAUGA